AUGACAGAUGCGGACGACUUUCUGUUCCGCCCAGGGGGUCCCGUCGAAUUGCCUUCCGUCCUGCGGCCUCGAUUAUUCUGUAGAGUCCCUCCCUUGAUGACUUCCGCUCGAUGGGCGCCCCCUUUAAACAACGGAGAAGGCGAAGAGAAAACUAGCAGCCGGACUGUAGAAGAAGAAGAUGGCGAUGUAUCAAACAGCAAAUCAAAUGAGCAGCCUUUUGUCUUGUAUCUACCGACAGUGGUCCUUCGGCAUCGACAUAACCCAGGAUUUGCUUUGGCAUGUCGACUGGCCAACUUCUUGCAGGUACCUCUGUUGGUUUUGUGCACUGUGUUGGACGACAAGCACAUCACACCAUCUUCCCUCCCAACCGGCGCCAUGACAAAUCACCCACCAAUAGUUGCCAUGACGGCACGAAAGCUUGCGUUCACAUUGGAAGCCUUACAAUCUUGUGCAGUUGAUUGGCAGUCACAUGGAGCAGGUGUACUGAUUCGUCUUCAUGGAGGGCCAGGAACUCGAACGCCUCACCAUUUGACCUUGGCCCAUCAAGCUUCAGCUGUAGUAACGGACGAAGCGUUUGUGGAACCCUAUGCCAAGUACGCGGAGACAGUAAUUUCUACCUGUCGCACGGCCAAUGUUCCUUGUUGGACAGUUGACGGAUCGACUUCAGUGCCUCCAAAGUGCAAGUUGAAACCUGUCGCUUUGCCCAAGACUGAGUCUCUAAAGUUGCAAUGUUUCACAGGAGUACCAACCAAGGCUUGGCGAUGGGCAGAACAAACAAAAGACAAACGGAAACCAUACGUUUAUGGGGCUACACAGCAGGGGCACUUGGACGCGCCUUCAUUGGACUGCAAACUACCACCCAAUUUCCUGUCUCAAAAUCCUACGGUGGCUGGGCAAGAAGUCAGCCACUGUCACCAACAACUGGCAGAAACAGUCACGCCACUCAAGCACUGGAGAACUAUCGAAGAGCGCCAAAGAUGUAAAGGGCUUUGGACGGUGGACGAUAUUGUUGCAAUUCAAGACUUGAAGGAAUGGGCCAUGACGUCCUGGCCUGGAGCCGACACGACGGUCGCACCUUGUCAGCAAACACAUGGUUCAAACAAAGCCGCAAUGCAACGAUGGAAGUACUUUUUGCAGCAAGGUGGACUCAAGGAUUACGCAAAGAAAAGGAAUCAAAUUACCUUGCCGCAUGCCGUAAGUCGCAUCUCUUGCUAUCUAAAUCUGGGAAUUCUGUCCAUCUUUGAUGUUCUUCACGAUAUCUGGAAUGCCCAGGCAACCGAAAAGGGAUUCGCCACCGGGUGUGGCAAGUUUCUCGACGAAGUUGUCAAAUGGAGAGAAAUCGGGUACGCUUACACCUUUGCGAACCCAAGUGACUAUGGUAGUUUGGUUCAGGCCAUUCCAAAUUGGGCCAAGACGUAUCUAAACGGCCAGUAUCAGCAGAAAACGAUUGGCGACGUGUCUGGAACGCACCAGUAUUCGUACGCUGAUUUGCAACAAGCUUCCACCAAAGAUUCAACCUGGAAUGCAAUGCAAUCAUAUUUGAAUGAAACUGGUGAACUGCACAACAAUGCCCGCAUGACAUGGGGUAAAACGGUCGUUCAUUGGCAGUGCCAGUAUUGCCCUCCCGAACAAAUACUAUUACAGCUGUGCUGGCUGAAUGAUCGACACGCCUUGGAUGGACUCUCUCCACCAAGCUAUGCAGGGAUCUUAUGGUGUUUUGGGUGGGGCGACAAGCCAGGUCGAUCGACGAAAAUCAGCAAGUCUCCAGUGUCGACCAAGUGGGCGUGCAACUACCGAACUGGAGCUGACGGUUUUGACACUGCCAAGUACCGAUUGUUGGAGGAAAAGCCAGCUAUAACAAAAUUGGAAACAUCAGCUCACAAAAGGAAACGAGAGGAUACAGGAGGACGACCCAGAGGUGGAACUCAAGGAGAAACGCCGAUGAAAACAAAGAGUAUCCGUUCCUUCUUUUCGCCAGUCUCCAAAUGA